UAGUUUGGUUGCACCGAACGUUGCCCAUCAACUUUUGCUACUAAGAGACGAAGCGUUGUUGCAGAAAAAGCUAGUUAGCUAAGCUACAUAACAUCUCCACCUUUAAAGCUAGUUUACGGUUGUGUGUUUCUGCCCUUUUGUAAAUUCAAUUUGUGGGAUUAACUGUCGUCAACUAAACCAACAAAUUCCUGAAGUGACGAGGGAGACUCCAUUUUUCAUACGCGGCUAGCUGUCCGGGCUAGCACAGCGAGCUAGCUGUGGUUGUUGUUGCUAGGCUAACUUUCCUCUGCUCUAUAGCAACCAGGCAUCUCUGCGAUAAACCUGUCUGUCUGACGAGACUUUCGUUGCCUACACAAGACUCCCAGCAUGCUGAUGGUGGGAGGCAAUGGACGGAUGCACUAGAAUGAGUGUGAAGGAGCUGUGUGAGACAGAUGACCUGGCCACCGGUUUGGUGCUGGACCCUCUUCUGGGCUUCAGCACCCACAAAAUGAACAUCAGUCCCCCACCAGCGAUCCGGCGUUGGGGUAACCUCAAAGAGACCCUGUUGCGCUUUCAGCGUACGCAUGACUUCAAUGCUACGUUCGAGGCGCUGACAGUGGGCGAACCGGCUGGUGACUACUUUGAUGCUUUGGGAAGCCAUCGACAGGAACUGCUGAGACAACAUGUGUAUCGCUACCUCGGUGCCUUCCUGUUGGAUAGCGGUGUCAAGAUAGAGUCCUGUGACAGAUACUCCUCAGAGACCAAUGGAGCAAAGAUAACCUCCACGAGGCAAUGGUUUGCAGGAGAGCGAGUGGAGGUCCUGCUGGGCUGCAUAGCAGAGCUGAGCCCCGCUGAUGGUGCUGUGCUGAGGGCAGGAGUCAAUGACUUCAGUGUGAUGUAUUCCACACGCAAGCGCUGCACUCAGCUGUGGCUCGGGCCUGCAGCUUUUAUUAACCAUGACUGCAAACCAAACUGCAAGUUCGUCCCCGGGGAGAAGAAUAUCGCAUGUGUUGAAGCGAUUCGACCCAUCUCACCUGGGGAGGAGAUCACGUGUUACUAUGGUGCCAGCUUUUUUGGGGAAGGCAAUGAAAUGUGUGAAUGCUGCACCUGUGAGAGGAACGGAGAGGGUCACUUCAAACACAGAGGGAAGCAGCCUGAAUGUGAAGAAACAAAGGACCCCGUGGGGCAAAAGUACCGCCUGAGAGAGAGAUAUCUUCGUCAUCACAGAGAGAAGGGUCACUUUCCUGCGAGGCCGACAAUACCAGGAAUACACUCAGGUAUCUUUAAAGCCAUCCCCUCAAGGAAUUCCUUCACCCAGCAGAUGAGGAGAAAUGCACUGAAGAACAGAAAAUUUGGUCAGACAAAGAAGUGGAGACGAGAUAAGCACAGACGGUCAGGAAAGCACCCAUUGAACUCCUCUAAACAGUGUUGGACACUUUUGUCCCAAUUUGCUCAGAGGGACCUUACAAUCAGAGUACGGCGUCACUCAGUGGAUUUCUUGCUCAAGUGUAAGGAUCCAAAAAGCAAAGAAAGGGCUUUGCUUCAACAACUGGAGGAAGUGAAGCCAAAAGAUAACAGGCUGAGUGAACUGAAUUUGACUGGUGAAGAAAAUAACAGCAGUGAGGUAAACUUGAAGCCUUUCACUCUAAAUUCCUCCAUGUCAGUUCGUCAGAAAAGUGGACCUGCAGCCAGCAGCGCAGGCCUUAAUGGGAAAUCUGUCAAAGUGGUGGAUAGCCCGGCUGUUCCCCAGAGGUUCUCCUCGAGAACAAGAAGCAUGGGUCAAACUACGCUCACGCAUCAAACAGGGUCCAGUAACACAACCAACACUACAACGGUUAUUCACCCUGUCCAAAAUGACAACACCUGCAGUGCAAUAAAACAAGACAAGGUUGAAAAAGCAAACACAGAGAGUCAAAGCAACAACUGCAGCAGCAUUGAAUCCUGCAUCAUCAACCCGGCUCCUAAGCCAGCUGCUGAGCCAAGGGCGCACAGGACCACCAGAGCGUCGUCCAUGCUAGAAGUCACUGAUGGAACGAAGAAAGCUGGAGACAAUCCACCAGUAUCACUGAAGCAAUACCUUACAGUCAGCCUAACAAGGUUAUCAGUGCCACUAAGUGUAGAAGCAGAAAAGCCCCCUGAAGUUAGUAAAGGAGUAACGUUAAGAGGAAGGGCCAGGCCGAGCCAGUGUCCCAGACCAGCGCCCCUGACUGUACAGUCAGAAAAAAGAAUGUCCCGAUCUCAGCAGCGGCAGGCAGGAAGUUCAGAGAUCUCCACAGCUGAAGGCAACAGAGGGGUGAGGGAAAUGUUUUUCAAGGCCAUCGAUAAAGAAAAUUUAGGGAAGCUACAAGCAAGCGACUCUAUAGGUGAUUUAUCCCACAGCGAGAAAGGGGGGAAAGAUAAGGUCAUCGAAAUACAACCAGUGUCAGAGGAAAAAGAUGAUAUACAGAAGGAGCAGCAGGAGAUUGUAAAAAGCAAAAUUGAAGGGCAGAAAGAAAAGAGAAAUGCUGCAUCUGCAAUUGUGGAACGUAAAACUAGCAAGACCCAGGAAGAAGUGAAAGAGUCAGAAUGUAAAGUAGUGCCCAGUGAAAAAGCUAGAGGACAGAAUAACAUAGAGUGUGUUAAAAAUAAAGUGGAGGAGGGAGUUGUUAAAUUACCAGAACAAAUGGCUACGAGUGUGAGGAAACAGCCAGUAACGAGGCAUGAAGAUGAUGUUGUCAUAAAGCAGGCGAAGGUUCUGCUAUCUGAUAUUUUAAGAAAAGAUAGACCCUUAAUAGAUAAGAGAUUACACGGAGAUAUUGUAGGAAGAGGGUUUUCUACCUUGACCUCUAAAGAACUGCAAAGUGCUGAGGAGGAAGAAGCAGAAAUAAAUGGAGGCAGCUACUAUUGUUCAAUGCAGGGGAGGAUUAUAAGACGACGAACGAUGAGGCCUAGAGCAGCGAAAACAAAAGCAGAAGCUAAGCAAAGCACCAAGGGACACUUGAGCAAAGAAGUCCCAUUUACAGUGCAGACUGAGUCGCGUGAGCUUCAGUCACCACAGAGGCAUAAUGUCCCACCGGCCACCUGCCUCAACCCACUACCUCAUAAGUCACCAAUUUCAGCAAAAGCUACGACUAAUCUGCAUCCAGAUACCAAUCCACAGGCACACAUACAGUCCAACAUACCUCUGAAGAAACGUACAUUUCGCAGUUCUGCGGCAAUAGAGUCUGAACAAGGUUUGAAUCCUGCUUCAGAUCAAGCCUCUAAAGAAGCCACUGAGCUAAAUUCAUCUUCAGAGCUGGGGCAGGGCAUUGUCACAUGUUCAAGGGAGAGUAGCAAAGUGAUAAGACAUGUUAAAGUUAGAAAUAGGAGAACAGAAGUCCAGAGGUUAAACCCCCAAAGGAUCAUAAAACAAAACUCUUUAAAGCGAGUGCUUCGUACCCGACCUAAUGAAGUUCAGCGAAGCCAAUCAUUGAGGGAAGUUCAAAUGUGUAAAUUGGAGAGGCCAGAUGAGGAUGACACCGACGAGGCUCAGGCAGCAGAGUGUGAUAAGCUUGCAGAAGACAAACAGGCUGAGCGUCCUGCUAAAAUCCAAGAGCAGUGUGGUAAAAAUCCAACUCCAAAUAAAUCUCAAAAGAAAGAUGAGGUGGAAACGUUACUCCAGGAAAGUGAUUUGGAGGACACAAAGCCGGGCAUCGAUUUAAAGAUUCGUUUUAAGAGGAGGAGAGGGAGAGUGUGGGAGAUGCAAAGUGCAGGAAUGAAAAAUAUGGCAUUAAAAACGGAAAAGGGAGACGAGUUGGUGACAUGCGACCCUUUUAAAGCCAUCAUGGAUUCUGUAUCCAUUUUAAACAUGGAGAUGGAGGCAGCUCAGGCACAUGUGCACGCUAGUAAGAAGUCAAAGAGCAGAUUGCAUCGUUUGAAAAGAAGAGGCGAGAGGCUGAGUGAAAGAAAGACCACAACUGCUCCCGCAGACGCAAAAUCAGACAAAGACUCUGAACAUGUUGAAAGUAUAUGUGUUCCCAGUGAAACGCCCAAAGUAGAAAUUAAAGAGAAGCUUGAUAAGGAAAUUCUAGAUGGAGUCAAACUGCUGCCAGAAAAAAUCAAGAGUGGUAAAAAUGACAGUGAUACGUCAGCUGUAGGGCAAGAAACAAAAAUUGAGGAUCGUUUUGUAAAGAAUUGCUGCUUGUUUGAAACUGAGUCACAACUGCAGCCUGAAUUGGAUUCAAAUGGUUUUCUGUUACCAGUCAUUAAAUUACGCAGAAAGAUGGAGGACAUUUGGGAGGUGGACAGCAAAGAGGGGCUCAUACAAACUGAACUGAAAGUAGAGCCCAACGUUAAGAAAGAGGUGAAGGGUCAGAUUUUAGGGAAACAAAAGAAAGGAUGUUUUGAUGUUAGCAAGCUCAAAGAAGAGUUCCCUUCGCAGAGACAGAACAGCAACACAGCCCUUCUGAAAAAAGAACCGCCACCAUUUUCCUUGUCUCUGUCACCGCUGUCUCUGUCUUCCCCUCUUAACGACAAUAAAACUGAAGUGAUAUCCUCGGCUGCAGAUGCAAUCACUGAAAGGCCAGAGAUGAACAGCGGAGGAAGGAAACAGAGGCACAAAAUGGAGAGACCACGGAAGUGUGGGCCUGUUGAAACACCCACCACUUGUCUUAGUCACACUCUCCAACAAAUUGACAACAGUCUCUCCAGGCUCUCCGAGGGCUUGUGUUCAUCUCAGACGUUGGAAAAGCCAACAGCGUGUUCCAGUGCUUCUAAUUCUGUCAUCCAGCCCCCGUCCCAGUCUCCUCCAUUCACAACUGCAGAUAACAUGCUUUCCGGUGAGCCCAACUUCACAAACUGCUGUGAUGAUAUUCUGGACUUUCAGUGUCUCAACUUUGAGGGGUAUUAUCAGCCACAGAACAUACUUCCAUCUUCCCCGUCAGAUCUGUGCUCACUGGAUCCACCCACAGAUCCUUUCAGCAGUCCCCUCUCUCACAGCCCGUCUGAUACAUGGGCCACUGAGACGCCGUACCUUGGCCCUCCCAGUCCAGGAAAUAACUUCACCAGUGAGGAUCUGCAGUUUUUUCCAGGUCUGAUUUCUUCCAAAAGCGACGCUGUUCCUCUGGAAUGUGAAGCGAAGGAUACCUCCAAAGGCAGAAACCCACCCAACCCCAGUUUCAGUUUUUCAGCUCUCGGCAACUCUGACUUCACCGCUAAGGAUCGAAUUUUAAGUAAAAUUCCAGGAAUGAGGCUGUCCAGAGAAGACUUCAGAAAUCAGUCCUAUCCUGCAGUCAGCAAGCCUCGGGUGUUUGGUGCAACACAAUCGUCUGUUACACCUCACGCUCACGCUCCUGUUACUGUAACCCAACCCCCCAUCAACGUCAAGGCGAGCACCAGUCAAUCAAAAGCCCAAUCGAACUUUAAAGCCCAGGGCCCCUUCCAUCGUAUGACCAUUCCCAGUAAAUCCCAGCCUUUUCCAAGUAGUCAGCCAAACACAGUCAGAGGAGUGCCCCAGAGUUGCUUGACUAAAUCCGUCCCGCCACCUCAAAUGUCCAACAAAUUCCUCCCUCCUCAACUCUUCUCUGUGAAAAAUCCCAAUCCACCUGACAAUCCAUUCAAAUUCCACGAGAAAACCUCUACGGUUAUUCACAGGGUGCUCAAGUAUCAGGGGGGCAACCAGAGUCAGAACUUAUAUAGUGCACCUUGUAAAGACACCAUGGCUGCUGGCAGCCCGGUCGUCACAUCCAGAAUUGUCGGUGCAAAAUCAGGUGCUAUUGAGAAGACCCAGCAGAGUCAGAAACUAGGUGUUGGUACAGACGGUCAUCAUAAAGGAAACAUUUCUGUUCAAGGGUUUGGAAAAGAUGUUGGCCAUCUUGGUUCCUCCAGCAUCCCCAGCAGGUCCAACCCACAUUUCAGCAAACCCAACUCCUGUUUACCUCAGUCUUUUAUUAAAAGUAAGAUGCCAUCUGACAAACAUGAAAGUGGUGAAACCAACAUGGCAUACAGAAACCUUUCAGCGCUGCCAAGACCUUUCUUCUUUCCUAGCAAAGUGUCUGAUGCUUAUUCACCAGAAGACAGGAAAUCCACUCCGUCGACCACAGACAAGCACCAGCCAUGUUACACUCAGCAAGACCCUUUUGAUUUUAGCUUCGGCUCGUCUCUUUCGCCCAUGCCUCAGCACAACAACCCCCACUUGGCCCACAGUACGCCUCCUGGUACGCCAGCACCAGCAAACAGGAGUCAGUCCUCAGCCUCCUCAGCCUCUUUCCCUUACGGCUAUCAAGGUCCUCCUUACGUACUGAACUUCAGUGGAGAUCAUUCAUUGACCCUGGGGCUCAGGGAUGGGCCUGAGGGUUACCCAGGAUUAGGCUCGACAAAUUACACCUACCAUUGUCUGAUGGAACCUUCAGGCACCCAAGGGCGACUGGUCCUCGAGCCCUGUGGACCCCAGCUGUCCAACCCAGCGUCUUUUUCCUUGGGUGGAUUUUCAGGGCUCAAAGGUCAGGACGAACAUUGCAGGAAGGAUAUGCAGCAACAGUGCCCGCCUGGGGAACACCAAGGCGCACAACACUAUGGACAACCUGUUACGUCGUCUCACUCUAUGGGUCCCACAAAACCCAAGAGGGUGAGGUUAGUGGUGACGGACGGUACAGUGGACUUAGAUCUCCAGUACUCGGAUUGAUUUCUACCCUCAGAGUCACUGGAUCCCACAAUACAUUUGGAACGGGGAUUAUACAGUAUCUGCCACAAGAUGUUUUUGUAAACACUGUAAUUCAUAGUCUACCAGUAAUUAAAGCCCGCUGACUGAUUGACACUUUUCUAAAUCAUUAUUUUGAUGGACUGUUAAUGUGUGAAUGGCUUGUACAGAGUUUUAUGUAAAGCGGGCGUAUUAGCGUGUUUUAACUACUGUAUGAUUUUUAAAGAAAAUUAAAUAUCCACUACAAUUUGCUGAGAAUACCAAAUUAAAAAUGCAUAAAGAAAACAAAGCAUUAAAUAUAUUUGUGAACUUACAGGCCAUGUAAACAUUGAAAGCCCUCUUACUGUAACAUAGCUGUAUGACUUUUUCUAUACCGUAUGGCAGUAGAGACAGGAGCGCCGUCAUCGGUUGCUGGUACUUGUAUCGGUUGGUUUUAAAAAGGCAGCUUUGUGCCUCAGUCUUUGAUAUGUUUUUGUGACUUUUUGAAGCACCUGUUGGAACAGUCCACCCUCGUUUUUUAUACUCACAGUAAGAUCCUUUCUCACUUUGUGUGUGUGUGUGCGUGUGCGUGAACGAGUGUGUGCAUGCAUUUGGCAGGCAGGUCUUGAGGGAUCAAAGUACGGUGUGUUGUCGUAGCCGAUCGUGCUACUGUUGCUCUGCAGAUUUUAGUAAGAUCAUUAGUCAUUAGUGCAUCAAUGAAAGGCUUGUGCAUGAACGAUGUACAGUAAAAUCAAACGAUAUAUAUUCAAGGACAACUCUACUGGGUGAAGACAUGUGUGACAUGAACUGCAGCUUUUCACAGCUGCUCUUUUGAGUCCUUAAGUGGGUGAGUGAGUGGGAGACAUCGAUAGUACAGUGGCUUUGUAAUGGGAGUUCUCCCAGUUGGAAACAUUUAGAUAUUACUCAAGAAAAGUGACAAUUUUCUCACAGAGUAGCUCACUUUUGUCCUUUUAUUCGGUUUUUACUUUUUCAAACAGAAAGAACAGAAGGAUAAGUUAUGCAUCACCUGCAAUAGUUCCUGUUGUUUUGUUGUCGCUGAUGCAGUUCCACAUUUAUAGGUGUUUAUAAAAAAUGUUAGCAGAGUUAUUUGCUGUAGAUUGUGGAAGUCACGCGAGCGUUUCCUUCAUGUCACGAUGUACUGUAUGUUGAACCCAUUUGACAUCAGCGGGCAGGAGUGUUCAGUGUGACUGCAUAGCCUUUCAUUACUAUGAAAAUGUACUGUCUUGAAAUGGAAAGGCCAAUUAUUUAUUUUAAUAUCCUCAUCCUUGAAAUGGUGCUUUAAUGUAAUUUAUAUUUCACAUUGAUUGUUCAAACUAUUAAAUGUUUUUAUUAUUAUUUAACGGGACAAAAUACUGAACUGAAUAUUUACAUCAAGUAUUUAAUUUCACAGCCUUUGACAUCUUAUCCAAUGUUUCAGUUGUUACAGGUGAAACCUUCUGUCUUUUUUCUAAUUGGCAGUUAGUCUUGCUGAAAGUCUGCUGUAGAAAUGUACAAAUGUAGCCUAUAUCAUUAAAGACACUUAAUUCUUUUUUGUA